GGACCUGGUGGGUGCUCGAAGCGGACAGAACAAAAUGCUGCGCUGGGGAUUCUUGCUGCUGUUCCUGGGAUCCUGCACCUUCGGUCUCCCCAUGGACACAGCUGCCUUCAAACGGAUCUUACUCAAGAAAAUGCCCUCCAUCCGGGACAGCCUGCAGAAGUGGGGAGUAGACAUGAGCAGGCUGGAAGCCUAUCAGGAAGAGUUCACCAAGAGUGAGUCCCUUCACAAAAGAACCGCCUCUGUGGUCCUCACCAACUACCUAGACAUCCAGUACUAUGGUGAGAUCAGCAUCGGCACCCCACCCCAGACCUUCAAAGUCGUCUUUGACUCAGGUUCAGCCAACCUCUGGGUGCCCUCCACCAAGUGCAGCCCUCUCUACACCGCCUGUGUUUUUCACAGUCUCUACGACUCCUCGAAAUCUUCCAGCUAUGUAGAGAACGGGACCGAACUCAGCAUCAACUAUGGCUUGGGGAAUGUCAAAGGCUUCCUAAGCCAGGACAGGGUAACUGUGGGCGGAAUCACCGUGACCCAGACAUUCGGCGAGAUCACAGCACUGCCCCUCAUCCCCUUCGUGCUGGCCAAGUUUGAUGGGGUUCUGGGCUUGGGCUUCCCCGAACAGGCCGUUGGCGGAGUCACCCCCUUCUUUGACAACAUCCUUGCCCAGAAAGUGCUGAAAGAGGACGUCUUCUCCAUCUACUAUGGCAGGAAUCCCCACCUGCCAGGGGGAGAGCUGCUGCUGGGGGGCAGUGACCCCGAACACUACCACGGGGAUUUCCACUACGUGAGCCUCAGCAAGAGCGGCUCCUGGCAGAUCACGAUGAAGGGGGUGGCCGUGGGCUUUACCACGGUGCUGUGUGAGGAGGGCUGUGAGGCAGUGGUGGACACGGGUGCCUCCUAUAUCUCGGGCCCCACCAGCUCCCUGAGGCUGAUGAUGAAGGCCGUGGGCGCCCAGGAGUACGGCAGAGACCUAUAUAUCGUGAACUGUAACCAGGCAGCCACGCUCCCUGACAUCUCCUUCCACCUGGGAGACAGAGCCUACACGCUCACCAGUGAAGACUACGUGUUAAAGGACACCUACGGAAAUGAUGACAUGUGUGUGCUGGCCCUCCAUGGCCUGGACAUCCCACCACCCACCGGGCCCCUCUGGGCCCUGGGUGCCAGCUUCAUCCGGAAGUUCUACACAGAAUUUGAUCGACAUAACAAACGUAUUGGCUUUGCCUUGGCCCGCUGAGCCUUCGGCCUCCAGUGUGAGCCCAGAGCUGGAGCUCUCUCUGGGGGGUCCCCUCUGCCUGGGCUCAUGCCCUUGUGCAGGGGCACUGAACAUGGAAUCCCUGCCCCC